AUGCUUGAAGCUACCCGUGCACACAACGUCAGUUUGAACGCUGAGAAGCUGCAGUUCAAACAGUCUAAACUUGAUUUCUUUGGUCAUACCUUAACAGACCAGGGAAUCCAACAAGCAGAAGAUAAACUGGAAGCAAUCCGUAAUAUGAAGCCCCCGUCAAACGUCAAAGAGCUUCAAACUAUCCUUGGAAUGGUUACGUACCUUAACCGUUAA